GACGCCCAGCUCCUCGGCCGUCUGGAUGGUGCGUCUGAGCUGACUGGUCCACACCUUCAGGAUAUGUGAGGUCUGCCGCUCUCAGAUUCCUUUGCCUUGUAUGGCUAAAGGCUCCAGAUGCGCCCGGCUGCGGGACGCUGACCUUAUUGGCCGGCUCAGGAACAGGGAGGUGUGGAGAAACGCCUGAAAAACCAAACAAACUUCCCUUCAGCCCAGCGCAGGAACAGACCGUCUCCAACCCUCUUCAACUCAAAAACAAGAAGCAAACCCUGCGGUCAGAAUGUCUGCAGCCAAGCGUGCCAAAGGAAAGACCACAAAGAAGCGGCCGCAGAGGGCCACGUCCAACGUCUUCGCCAUGUUCGACCAAUCCCAGAUCCAGGAGUUCAAAGAGGCCUUCAACAUGAUCGAUCAGAACAGAGACGGAUUCAUCGAUAAAGAGGAUCUACACGACAUGCUGGCCUCUCUGGGGAAGAACCCGUCUGACGAGUACCUGGAGGGAAUGAUGAGCGAAGCUCCGGGUCCCAUCAACUUCACCAUGUUCCUCACCAUGUUUGGAGAACGUCUGAACGGCACCGAUCCUGAAGACGUCAUCCGAAACGCCUUCACGUGCUUUGACGAAGAGGCUUCUGGGUUCAUCCAUGAGGACCAUCUCCGCGAGCUGCUGACCACCAUGGGUGAUCGUUUCACUGAUGAAGAAGUGGACGAGCUGUUUCGCGAGGCGCCAAUUGACAAGAAAGGAAAUUUUAACUAUGUGGAGUUCACUCGCAUCCUCAAACACGGGGCCAAAGACAAGGACGACAUUUAAAAACAGCAGCAGAUUCAUAUGUAUGUCAAGAUCUAAUGAUCCUGAUGAUUCAACAGUUCAGUCUUUUAAGAAACCACACUGUAAUGCACUAGAAUACCACUCAAAAAGCCUUAGCAUACUGUAUAUUUCACACUGUGUUGGCGAGUGCUGCAUGUGCGAACAUACUUUAGAUCCCGUAUUCAUGUUUUCUUUCUUCGCCUCUCCAGAUAAAAUCACCUGUUGUGUGUGUGUAAGAGACUGAAGCAGAUAAUUAUGCUCUACAGGAGCCAUUUUUGAAGUCCAAAAACACCCUUUUAGAUAUUAAGAAGCUUCACAUUAUAGUUUUGCUGAUUUCAUGUAUUAAGAAUAAAGUUUGUACAUUUCAGAAUAUGUGCUGUAAGAAAUUGAAUUAAUUAGCAAUUAGCAUCAUUUUAAAAUAAAGACGCUUUUCC